AUGCUCCACCCAGCAGCGGAAAUUAGCUGGAGGCCAAAUUCCCACGGAGCACCCGCUCUUCGGAUGGCAAAAGGGACUGGCGAUCAGGGGGUUCCGACUCCACUUUUCAUGGACCUACCACACUGCAGUUCAGGGUCCGUAAGAUUACCGGCUGUUGAAAUGGGUUUUCGGCGGGGUUCCCCGAUGGCUUCGCUGCUCAUUCGACUCGGACAUGCAGUGGGCCGUGACGGCAUAGGGCUCGAGUCGGGGCUCGGCGAAUUCAAAGUCAGAUUGGGACGAUACGCUACUCGCCAGGCGUCGGUCUGA